GUUAUUGUAGCACUAAAGCACGCUAAAACACACAUUUUCUGUUGCUCCACCUAGCUUUUAGGGAAACAUUUGAGUUUGCACACAGUUUAUUUGGUGUUGAACAGUUUGCUCGUCCCGUUAGCUUAGCCUAAGCACGGCUAUGGCUACUUCUGUCUCUGCUUCUCCGUAUCCUAUCUCUUGCUCUCUGUGUCAGAUGUUUAGUUACUCCUCUGCCUCCUUUAGUGAUAAUGGUACGUGUAAUAAAUGUAGCAUUUUUGUAGCUUUGGAGGCGAGGGUGUUGGUUUUGGAGUCCCGGCUCCGCGCUGUUGAAAAACCCGUAAACAGCCAUAGCUACUUAGCUAGCGCGGGGCUGACUACCUCAGAACAACCCCGUACCAACCCUCCAGUAGAACCCGAGCAGCCGGGACCUCAGGCCGGCUGGGUGAUGGUACGCAGGAAGCAUAGAACCCAGCCCGUGGGCCACCACCAACCCGUCCAUGUUUCUAAUAGAUUUUCCCCGCUCAGUGACGCACCCACUGACAAGCCGACUCUGAUCAUUGGUAGCUCCAUAGUCAGAAAUGUGGCAUUAGAGACUCCAGCAACCAUAGUUAAAUGUUUACCUGGGGCCAGAGCGGGCGACAUUAAAUCUUAUCUGAAACUGCUGGCUAAGGAUAAGCGUAAAUACAGUAAGAUUUUUAUUCACGCUGGCGGUAACGACACCCGGUUACGUCAAUCGGAGGUCACUAAAAUUAAUGUUUCGGUGUGUAAGUUUGCCAAAACAAUGUCGGACUCCGUAAUUUUCUCUGGCCCCCUGCCUGAUCGGACCAGUGACGACAUGUUUAGCCGCAUGCUGUCCUUCAACCGCUGGUUGUCUAGGUGGUGUCCUGAAAACAACGUGGGCUACAUUGAUAACUGGAAAACUUUUUGGGGAAAACCUGGUCUGAUGCGGAGAGACGGCAUCCAUCCCUCUUUGGAUGGUGCAGCUCUUCUUUCUAGGAACAUGGCCAGUUUUAUUAGUCCUCCAUGACAACCCAGGGUCCAGACCAGGAAGCAGAGUCGUAGUUUAACCCACCCCUCUGCAGCUUCUGUACUGUUACCCACCCACUACCCCAUAGAGACAGUGUCCUGCCUACGGCCAAAAUCACACAGAUUAAAUAUCAGGCUUAAUAAAGCCAAUCAUGGAAAUCUCAUAAAUAUUAGAACAAAUUCAACUGAGCAGAAAACUAGAAAAAUUAAAUGUGGGUUGUUGAACAUUAGAUCCGUUUUUUCUAAGACUUUGUUAGUUAAUGACUUGAUUUGUGAUAAUCAGAUCUCUCUGCUCUCUCUCACAGAAUCCUGGCUGCAGCAAGAGAACUAUGUUAGCUUAAAUUAGUCGACUCCUUCAAAUUAUUUAAAUCAUUAUAUUGCUCGAAGUACAGGGCGAGGAGGAGGAGUAGCAACCAUUUUUCAUUUGGACUUAUUAAUCAGUCCCUUACAGUCCCUUUAAUAGCUAUAGUUCGUUCGAACAUCUUAUUCUUAGUUUUCCUAAUCCAGAUUGCAAAACUGUAAAACCACUCUUGUUUGUAGUUUUAUAUCGUCCACCAGGCCCUUACUCUGAGUUUUUGGAUCAGAUCUCUGAUUUUUUAUCAGAUUUGGUGCUAAAUACUUAUAAGGUCAUUGUAGUGGGGGAUUUUAAUAUUCAUGUGGACAUUGAAAAUGAUAGCCUCAAUGUAGCCUUUAGUAAUAUCUUAGACUCAAUUGGUUUUACUCAAAGAAUACAUAGCUCCACCCACUCCUGCCAUCAUACAUUGGACCUUGUGCUGACUUAUGGCAUAGAGUGUGAGGAAAUAACAAUCUUUCCGCAUAAUCCAGUCCUCUCGGACCACUUUCUGAUAACCUUUGAGUUUUUUAUAACCGAGUUCUCGAGACAUGAAAGUAAAUUUCACUAUA